GGAGCAGAAAGUGGCAAAGUGCUCUACUGUCUCACCUGGAUCCUUUACAAUUCCUUGUGAUCAUGCCAUCGAGUUUAUAGAUUUGGGGGCUUCUUCUGUUUGAGGUGAGGAAGAGGAGAAGCAGGAGGAAGAGGAAGAAGAGGAGGAGGAGGAGGGCUGAGGUGUGUGUGAAUGCAGCCAUGGCCUGUACACCCUGUCCAUAGAGGAGCUACUGAGUGGAAGAGAGAUCAAGGAAGACAGAGACGACCAACAGGAUGAAACUGUGGGGGAGGUCAGCUUGGCCUGUGCAGGUGGCCUUCCUCGUUGCCUUGGUGAUGCUCUGGGUUGACCCGGUGUCUGCUGGCAGCCGUAACCAUCGGGGACCGACAGUCUCGUACCAGGUGAAGCAGGGGACGUGUGAGGUGGUGGCCAUCCAUCGCUGCUGUAAUAAGAAUAAGAUUGAGGAACGCUCUCAAACCGUCAAGUGUUCCUGUUUCCCUGGGCAGGUCGCUGGCACCACCAGAGCCAGACCCUCCUGUGUGGAAGCCUCCAUUGUAGCUCAGAAGUGGUGGUGCCAGAUGCAGCCGUGUAUGGACGGAGAGGAGUGUAAGGUCCUCCCUGACCUGACUGGCUGGUCCUGCAGCACUGGCAACAAAGUCAAAACCACCAAGGUUACACGAUAGCAAGAGAGCCACCGAGCCACGAGGAAACCUGAAACUCUCCAUGUGGAAAGGAUGGAUGACUCACACAUAUUUACUGUACGAUGGGGAAAAUAUCAAGGAAAGGACCACUGUCAGGCCAUCCAUCACAAAACAAUGGGAUAAAAUGCCCUCAUCACAAACUAUGUACACUUGGCUACAUGGAGCCACACAGCCAGCAUACACACUAUCCUGGCUGCUGAGACCAAUGGACUACAAUCAUGGACACCCAGGGUAAAUCUGGACACAAAUGGACUCUUAUUUUCCAAUAAUGGACAAAAUGUGGAUUGAUCAGAAAAAUGGUCGAUUUCAAAGAGAGACUAAGCAUUUCAAAGUAUAUAUUUCAACAAAGCAUUUGUGGAUGAAUGUGAGAUGUGAACUAAAAGCUGUGCUCUUAGUGCUGCUGGACACAGAUCCAGACCUGUUGUCAACAUGUGGAGCUUAUACAGGAGACAGUGGAGAUGAUUUGGGAGAAAUGAAAGAGAUAGCAGCUCAUAACUAGCAAAUAGCAAAUUAGCAUCAAAUUGCUCUUGUGGGUCAAGUCACUACCAUGAAGACUGUUCUGCGGGAGUCAUUUUGCAGUUCUAAUUAGGAAUUGCAGUGUAGGAUCAUAACAACAUAUUAAAAAUUCAUGUAAGAUAUUUGCACUAGUUGAAACCGUUUGGGAAUGUUUUGUUUUUCUAGAUAUCUCCCAUCUUUUGCUGUGGAUGUCACAUGAAAUUGAAGGUGAGCAUUUUGUAAAAUGUCUGACACUUGAAGUAGAUAAA